AUGAAGGCCUUCUCGCUCGUCGCCCGUCGCUCGAUCGCCAUGGCGCGCCAGACCCCGCGCUCGUUCUCGACCGCUGCCUACGACCUGUACAACCCGACGGAGGAGCACAUGGCGCUCCGCGAGAUGCUUCGCUCGUUCGUCAAGGACAAGGUUGAGCCCCAGGCCAUCGACUACAACCGCGCCGAGAAGUUCAACGUCGACCUCUUCCGCGAGCUCGGUGAGCUUGGCUUGCUCGGCAUCACCGUGCCGGAGAAGUACGGCGGCUCGGAGAUGGACGCGUUGGCGGCGGUCAUUGCCCACGAAGAGCUCAGCUCGUCGGACCCUGCGUUCUGCCUCUCGUUCCUUGCGCACUCGAUGCUCUUCACCAACAACUUGGCGCGCAACGGCAGCGACGAGCAGUGCGCCAAGUAUCUUCCGGCGGCGUGCUCGGGCGAAGCCAUUUGCGGCAUGGCCAUGAGCGAGCCCGCGGUCGGCACGGAUGUCUUGGGCAUGAAGACGACGGCCACGAAGGUUGGCGACGAGUACAUCCUCAACGGUACCAAGAUGUGGAUCACGAACGGUGCGAUCAACGACACGGAGCUCGGCGACACGUUCUUGGACAAGUGCGGUAUGCGCGCGUCCAUGACGGCCGAGCUCGUCUUUGAAAACUGCCGCGUUCCCGCUGCCAACCUGAUUGGCAAGGAAGGCAGCGCCGUCAUCUGCAUGAUGCGCAACCUCGAAAUCGAACGUGUGACGCUCGCGGCCAUGAGCUUGGGCAUUGCGCGCCGGUCGAUCGAGGUCAUGAACGCGUACGCCAAGGACCGCGUCGCGUUCGGGAAGCCGCUCAACUACUACGGCCAGAUCCAGGCCAACAUUGCCAAGUCGUACGCCGAGUACAUGGCUGGCCGCGCCUACACGUACAACACGGCGCGCCUCAUGAAGCUCGAUGCCGUUGGCAACCGCGUUGAUACGGACGGCGUCAAGCUCUACUGCGGUGACAUGGCCAAGACGGUGGCGGACCGCGCGAUCCAGACGCUCGGCGGCUACGGCUACGUCGGCGAGUACAACGUUGAGCGUCUCUGGCGUGACUCGAAGCUGCUCGAGAUUGGCGGCGGCACCAACGAGUCGCACCACAAGAACAUGAGCCGCGACCUCAUGCGCGUCAGUGCUUUGUAA